AUGAAUAAUUCCAAUAUUGAUAUAACGUUUUCUCAAGAAACACAAAACUUGACUCCUGAUCGAUAUGGAGAACAUGUUAAAUUUGAUUAUUCAUUUGAUCAGGAUCAACUUUUACCAACAAUACAAACAAUUCGUCUUAAAAGUGAACCUUGUUUUAAUGUUAUUGCAACAGAAGAUGAAGUUACUAAACAUUUUUAUGAAAAUAAAUCAGAAAUCAUUUCAAAUAAACAUGAUAGAAUGGAAUUUAUUAAACGAAGAACAUCAAAUGAAUUCGAUAGUUUCGAAAAUGAAUAUUCUCAUCGAUUGAUUAAAGAAAGAGAAACAACUGAUAAGGUUAUUAAUAUUAAACAUAUUGUUCCUGAUCAAUCGACAUCUUCUUCAUCAAUAAAAUCUAUUUUAAAAAAACCUGAAAAAAAAGAAGAAAGAUCGAUAUCAAAAAAAGAUCAAUUAUCAAUAUCUCCUUCUUCUUCUCGAUCAUCUUCAAAAAAGAAACCAACACUUUCGACACGUCUUGAUUUUAAUCAAGUUCAACAUCUUGUUGAAUUAACAGCUAAACAAUAUUCUUCAUUACAUUCCAUUCAGCCUCGUUCUCUUUUCGAUAAAACAAUUAAUAUAUUUGAUCCGAAUUAUUCCUAUCAGAUAACAUCAAAUAAUUGUCGUCCAUUUCGAUUUCAAUAUUAUAUGAAACCCUAUCGAGAAGAAGCUAAUACUCCAACGAAUAUCAGUAAACAACGAUCAAGAUCACUUUCACCAAAUCGUCUUGCACAACAAAAGGAAAAAUCUUCAAGGAAAACAAAUACUUCUUCAUUGUCAACAUGUCCAUCUCUUUCAUUAAUAAAACCUUGCCAACGAAAAUCUCCUUCAAAGAUACCUGUUCCUAUUCGUCAUCGAAUUUCUCGAUCAUCUCAAUCUCCUUCUCCUCCUUUGUCAAUCGAUUCAUAUCAUACUCCUUCUCUUAGUGAAUCUUCUCUCACAUCUAUUACUCCACUAUCACAACAAAGUUACAGCAAAGCAGAGGAAGAAAGUAUUUUAAAAUCUCAUUUACCUGAUAUAGUAUAUCAACAUGACAAAGAACGUGAUGAAACAAUGCAACGAUAUGAUCGAUUAUUAGAAAAGAUCCGAGCUACCGAUGAACAACUUCAGUCAUUAUCUCGAUCAUGGAUAAGCAAUACGCCACAAAGAACACCUGUUAAAAUGAAUCAAGAAUCAAAUUUAUCAUUGAAUAAAAUAAUUAGUAAUAAGAAUUGUUUUUCACCAAUCAUUCUUCAAAUGUGUCUCAUCAUUUUGGUUAUUUUCAAUUUGCUUGUUGUUUAUUUCUUUAAUGAAAUAAAUGUUUGGUGGAACGAAUAUGUUGUCCCUGCAGGAAUUAUUCAACAACAUGAUGAAGAUACGUUUGGUCCAAAUGCAACUAUAAGUAUGGAUUUUAAAAAAAAUAAAACUAUUUUUUUUAUACUUAGAGCUGCUUCAACAGCUGAUCCAAAUGCAAGUAUGAAUUAA